UGCGAUCUGAUAAUGACAACUAUGAGGAGCACACCAUCGUCUGCCUCGGGUUCCUUGCCUCCACGUAUAAGGAAUUGCGUCCUCCAAGCCUUUGCAUUAUGUUCGCUCGUCUUCAUCGUAGUGGCAACGCAAAUUCCCAGCUCCUUCCUAUUGGACACACCAAGUAUUUUUCGAUUCUCAAAACGUUCCACGACAGAUAAGUUCGAGCACAUGUUCGCCACGAAAACCAAAUACUGGGACCAACGCGAAGGCAUGAAUAUCAACAAUGAUCCAGCAGUAGAGGGGGCCAUAUUGACGUUUCCUGGACUUGCUGAUAUGAACGACCAAACUCCACAUCAAUCCAAAUUGGAGCUCAUUCAGACGCAACUCGUGGUGCGCCAUGGAAUAAGGUAGGGGAUAUUUUUAUGGGGUGAAAUACAACUUUACAGAAUGUGGUGCUAAAGAAUCCGGUGUCAGAUACCCAACUGGGGGCAACAUAAAAGAGAUAAAUAAUCUCUUGGAGAAACUAAAACCUUAUCAAGAUUCGCUGCCGACCUGGAUGAAGAACUACGCGCUGCCGUACAAUAUGAGCGUGGCGGGAGAGCUUGCGGUGGCGGGGAAGCACGAAAUCUCAAAGCUUGGCACUCGUGCUCGGUCGAAAAGUGGACAUGAAAAACCGGUGAUAUACUUGAAGGAGAAGUACCGCAUCACGCACACACACAUUACCAGGACUCGAGAUUCCGCUAUCGCAUUUGUAGGCUCGUUCUUUGAGAAUCCAGAGGACGUGGAGUACAUUGAGUACCCGAAGGACAAGGACGUUCUACUGCGGUUCUUUGAUCAAUGUGCGCGAUACCAGCGUGAGGUGAAGAAGAAUCAGACAGCACAACUACAACUACAUGAUUUUCAAAAAUCAAGCGUCUUGGCUAAGAUUGCGCUAUGGCUAAAGUAUUCUCUUGGAUUAAUGCAAGAAAGCAUCGAAUUCUCAUCUAACGAUCUGAUGGCAGUGCAAUCUGCUUGCGCGUUUGAUAUCGCACUUUAUCAUCAUAAACACCAUUGGUGUUCGUUGAUGUCGAUGACUUUCAUCCAUUCGUUGGACUAUCUGGACGACCUUGAGCAGUUCUAUUGGAUUGGCGGUGGGUACAAGAUCAACUAUGAAAUGGCUGCGGUUCUUCUACGUGAACUUUUCAGUACAAUGAAGGGGAGAGUAAACGGCAGUAACACUCUAGUGGGCAAUCUCUUCUUCGCACACGCUGAGACGACACUCCCAUUGAUGACGUUAAUGGGGUACGGAGAUCGUUCCCUUCUGCUGGCAAAUUCCACGGAUACCGAGAUCAAAACUCGGGGCUUUCGGACAUCAAUUCUCUCUCCGUUUGCAGCUAACAUCGAAUUCCGCUUGUUCAAGAGGAAAUCAAGUGUCCAAGAAUUUUACGUUCAAAUUCUCGUAAAUGAGAGAAAAGCCAAAAUUCCAGGUUGCGGACACGUCUUCUGCAAGUUGUCGGAGCUGGAAAAGCAGUGGGAUUACUACUUGAACACAUACGAUUUCCAAAAGGACUGUGUCUAAAGCUGCACAAACCUGGAUUUAGAUGUGACCAUUUCGGAUUCUUUUUCGACUCUUCAACGUGAUCGCGCGAAUGGACUCGCAAUCCCCUGACACUGGUUCAGCUCCACCACCGCCGAAUAACUCUACGACUGAAGAAACAACUACCGUUCAAGGAGACAAGCAGACACGCGAGGUUACAGAAGUUUUAGCUGUUACAUUUUAUGUUUACUGUGUCGGUGAUCUCAUGUGAAAAAGUGAUUAUUGGUUGUAGGAUGAAAUUGCAAAAGUUAUGACGCCUGAUGCAGAAUCUUCUGUUGUUUGUGAGAGUAACACCACAGGCACGCUUCUGCCCAUUCCUCUCGGCAGCUUGAUGGAGCUUACGUUGGAUUACAUUUGUGCAAAUUCGGUCGCAGAGGUGGAACAUCUGAAGGAGCUCGCAGUCGCCAGACAAGUGAGCGUUCGAGGUCGACUUCACCUUAGCGGCGGAAUAUCUCAACGUUCAGUUGCCAGCGCUAGCAUUUACGCAGACACAAAACACUGCGAUGGUCGGACAUGCUUUCGCUUGCAAACCGACAAAGGCGACCCAGUUAUACUCCGAUUCGAGCUAAGUCCUGACGUUGCGACAGAUUCGUUGCCUCAGCUUUCUCUUGAAAUUCACUCGAGAAGAUCACAAAAAAGAAAAUUGUCGCUAUUUGUAGCGUUACAAUGCUUGCUGAAAAAGCUAACGAUUGGUAUCGAGUACCAGUCCAGUUUGCAACUUCUCGAUGAACAAGAUCAGUUUUGUGGGCGUCUUAACACAAAAUUUCGAGGUGGAUUGGUAACAGAUUUGGAGCAUAAUGAUCAGGCGUGGACGACGAUGGUGCACCAGCCAGAGGCCUGCAUUUUAACAGUACAAGUUACCGACCUACAGGCUUCUGGAAAUGAAUGUAAAGAUUCUCGUUGUUUGGCAC